UUGCUCUCACUACCCAUUUCGCAACGACCGAACGAACGGAAUAUACAAAAGAAAACAGAGAAUCAAUCGUGUAGCUUAAUUUGUACUGUAAUUUUAAAGAAAUAAGCAUCUACGGAAGAAUCUCAAGAUCGUCUUUUUGCAAUAUUUGAAGCAAACGUAUGUGCUCGAAUUCUGAAGACUGGGAAGACAAAAGAAGAAUCAUGAUUGAAGAGCUAACCGAGGAGCUACACCAGCUUUUUCCAUCUGACGAAAAGAAAAUAUCAACUUCACUGCUCACCAUGUUGUAUUCAACGGCCAAACUGAAUCACGCGAAGCUAUUGGUGUCCACAAUGAAUGAAAUACGCAAUGAGGAACUCCGAAGUUAUCUGCUAAAUUUGAAAUUCGAUGAGAUCGAUGGCCAAUCUAUUACACCACUCACGAUGGCGGCAACAGCUGGAAACGUCAUGUAUGUUAAAACUUUGCUCAGUCAAUACAAAGUUGAUCUGGAAUGUGAAUGCAAUGUUAUAUUCGAUGGGCUUGUGGUGUAUGGAGCAACAGCUUUAUGGGUUGCCGCUGGACUUGGUCACCUGCAGAUUGUCAAGUUAUUGGUGCGACAUGGUGCCAAUGUCAACCACAAUACAAAAGCGCAAUCGUCACCACUGAGAGCCGCAUGUUAUGCUGGGAGACUGGACAUUGUUAAGUAUUUAAUUGAAAACGGCGCAGAUGUUAACCUUGGAAACAAGUACAACAAUACAUGCAUUAUGAUCGCUGCAUAUAAGGGGCAUACACAAGUGGUCGACACGCUUCUAAAAAAUGGUGCUAAUCCCAAUGAACAAGCCCUAUGUGGGGCGACAGCCCUGCACUACGCUGCAGAAUGUGGACACGCUGAAGUUUGCCGUCUGCUACUCGAUCACGGCGCACGCUUGCAGGAAAAUGAACUGGGAUUGAGUCCCGUAUUAACUGCAGCGGAACGAACACAGGAAGAAGUCGUGAAAUUGUUUGUGGAUAGGCCCAGUCUAAUGCGUAAAGAAGACAUUAUAACGGCUUUGGAACUAAUGGGAGCUUCGUUUGCCAAUGACAAGGAUAACUACAACAUCCAGAAAGCAUACGAAUAUUUACAUCAAGCGAUGGAAUUGCGAUACUCUGAUUCAAAUAAUGUUGUUCGAAAAAGUGUCAUACCUCCAGUACCAGCCUAUGAUGAUUGGCUGGAAACAGAAAAUAUUCCCGAGCUGCAGGCAAUACGAUUGAAUCACCACUCAAUACAUAUGGAAUCUCUGACAAUACGUGAACGCAUCUUGGGUAGAAAUAAUCCCGAUUUACCACAACCCAUUGUGUAUAGGGGUGCCGUGAUGGCUGACCAAGGACGGUUCUCCCAGUGUCAAGUUCUAUGGAACUACGCCAUGGACUUGAGAAUGAUGAAUAACAUAUCUGUAGAUAGGGACUUGUUGCGUUUUGCACAGCUUUUCUCACAAAUCUUGCGCAUGGAAGAUGUGAGACUGGACCUGGGGCAGGUUUUGUCGGUUCUAGUUAAAUGUCAACAAGAAAUCGAACGGAACAAGUACAGAAUGUGCCACCCUGGGCCAAAGGAUGUACCUCAAAUGAUACUGGAUCAGAAUGAACAGAACGUAGCAACCGCCCUUUAUCUAAUUAAAAUUAUAACCCGGCUAUUAACCCAAAAUGUAACCAACGAUCAAAAAAAUAUACUCUACUGUACAAUAAAAAAAAUUAUAAAAUGUGAUAUAAGGCUAGCUGAUGGUCAAACCCUUCUUCAUAUGGCUGUGAACGCCGUUACCCCUGUCGACGACUUUUAUACCAAUGAUAUUUGCAAGUUUCCAUGCUACAGGACUGCCCUUCUUUUAGUUCAUGGUGGAGCCAAUGUUCUAGCCGUAGAUAAUAUGCGCAACACACCACUACACACAUUGGCAUCAAGCUUUCCCAGGGACAAUAUCCAACUUAUUGCACAGGCGGAAAAAAUUGUUCAGCUUCUGGUGGAUGCUGGUGCUCAUUUAGAUGCUGUGAAUUCUCAGGGUUUGACUCCAGCCCAAGUUGGCAAUAUCGGAUCCUUGAACGCAAUCAUAUUGAAUCAUGCCAAUUCCUCUAUAUCGUUGAAGUGCAUUGCAUCACGCUGUGUAGCAGUUAACAGGCUCAAGUAUCAGGGACUAGUUCCCACCAUUUUGGAAUCAUUUAUAGAAAUGCACUGUACAGAAAAAUAUUUAUAGUGAGGAGUACAAAAUGUUCGCACACGACUGAGUUUAUACAUAUUUUGUAAAAUUUUCAUAGCCGAAUAAAACGAUGUAGAUUAAGAGCAACUUUAUAGGUAGAAUAAAAUUGUGUAAAAAUAUAUUUAUUUAAAAAUACAACGAAUUAUUUACACAAAAA